CCUCCGGGAGCCUGGCCGGGGCAAAACUCCUGCCUCUUCCCUCUUUUCCUUCCUCCGGCCUCUCCGUUUCAGUCUCCAAAGCGGCAGGGCUUGUUUUCCCCUUCUUAAUGGCUCCACCUCACUUGGAGCUUCUGCUCCUCCUGGCUUCUUGCUUCUCCUCCUCUGAACCGCAGCUCCUGGACUGGAUUUGGGGCAGUGAGAAGAGUACGGGAAGCCCAGCAGCACUGAGUGAGGGGACAGCAGCUGCUCCCAGCCCAUCCCCAGGAGCAUGGGGUGAUGAGGUGGUGGGGGACAUCACCACCCCACAGCUCCAGGAGCCGGAUCCUGGCACAGCAGCACCGGUGGGUGAGGACACGGUGGCUGAAAAUACCAUCCAGUGGGACAGCAAUGCCACCACCAUCCAGUGGGACAGCGAUGCCACCAGGCUGGUGAAGAGCAUGGCACAGCCAAGCAUCUCUCCUCCCCGCAGCACGUCACCUGCCCCUGGCCAAGAUUCCAACAGCAGCUCCACCAAAGACACACAGCUCCUGGGGACAGGGAUCACCAAGAACUUAGAGCUCCCAGGGUCAGGGACCACUGAGGACUCCCAGCUCUUGGGGUCAGGGACCACUGAGGAACCUCAGCUCCUGGGCUCAGGGACCAUCAAGGACCCCCAGCUCCUGGGGGUGGUUACCACUGAGGAUCUGCAGCUCCCGGGGACAUGGACCACUGAGGACCCCCAGCUCCUGGGGAUGAUGACCACUGAAGACCUGCAGCUCCUGGGGACACGGACCACUGAAGACCCCCAGCUCCUGGGGAUGGUGACCACUGAGGACCCGCAGCUCCUGGGGAAGGAGACCACUGAGGACCUGCAGCUUCUGGGGACAGGGACCACCAUAGCCAUGGCGACACAGGUGUCCUUGCAGAGACCAGCAGGUCCCCGGCCAGGUAGUGCCCCUUUUCCUUUCUCACCAGGUGACAACACCCACAAGCAGGCGGUACCACUUGGGGAUCCCACGGCACAACCUCCCCGAAACCACCCUGGAGCAUCGCCCACCCCACCGAACCUAUGGCACAGCACCCGCCACCGGGGCCUGGCCCUGGCCGGCACAAACAGGACCCCAAGCCUUCCUUUGCCUAACAGGAGGGUGGCUAACGGUGUGGAUCCUCCUCUUGCCCGUAACUCUGGUCCUCUGGAGUUUGAUUUACUAACCGCCACUACGCGACUCUACGGUAGCAGCAGCGCGGGGCUUGCAUCCUUCUUUCCUGGACUGAUGCCACCGGCUGGCCAGUGCCUGCCCAUCCCGACCCACCUGCCCUUCUGCAGCCUGCUGGGCACCGACCAUUUCAGAUUCCCCAAUUACCUCCGCCACGACAGUGAGGGGGAAAUUUGGGCGGCUUUGCAUGAGUGGGAGGGGCUGCUUGCAUCGCGGUGCCAUCGCUACGUGGAGUGGUUCCUCUGCUUGCUGCUGCUCCCCGGGUGUAGUGCCUCUGUCCCCAUAACUCCCCCCCCGUGCCAGGGCUUCUGUGAGGCUGUCCGAGACCUCUGUUGGAUGCACUUGGCUGGCGGGCGCCUGCCUCUGCCUUGUGAUGCUCUCCCCAAGGAGGAUGAAGGGUUUUCUUGUGUCUUUAUUAAUGCUUCUGCAGAGAACCUGAGCACUGAGGUCAGCCUGCUGGAGCUGAUUGGAGACCCCCCGCCAGAGGAGAUCCUCAAGAUUUAUGGCCCUGACAACAACCCUGGCUAUGUCUUCGGCCCCAAUGCCAACACAGGCCAGGUGGCCCGGUACCACCUGCCAAGCCCUUUCUACCGGGACUUUUCCCUCCUGUUCCACAUCCAGCCCACCACCCCCCGGGCCGGGGUGCUCUUUGCUGUCACGGACUCCUCUCAGAGCAUCAUCUAUGUGGGUGUCAAGCUCUCGGAGCUGCGGGCGGGCAAGCAGAGGAUCAUCUUCUACUACACAGAGCCAGGCUCCCCGAGCUCAUACGCAGCAGCCACCUUCACCGUGCCCACCUUGCUCAACCAGUGGACACGCUUUGCCAUCAGCGUGGAGGAGGAUGAAGUCGUGCUCUACCUGGACUGUGAGGAGCACGAGCGAGUCAGAUUCGAGCGCUCCCCGGACGAGAUGGAGCUGCAAGAGGGCUCUGGGCUCUUUGUUGCUCAGGCUGGAGGGGCCGACCCAGAUAAAUACCAGGGGGUGAUUGCUGAUUUGAAGCUGCGAGGGGACCCGCGGGCAGCUGAGCGUCAGUGUGAGGAGGAGGAGGAUGACCCAGAGGUCUCGGGAGACUUCGGCAGUGGGACUGAAGGGGUCCAUGUACCCCCAGGGAAAGGCGUGGGUGUCCCUGGGCUGGUGGAUGCUGUCCCGGUCACCUCUCCCCCCGUGGCAGCAGGGGGAGGCCCAAAGAGCAGUGGAGGUUCUCCACAGCAAGCUGAGAGGACCAGAGCAGAGGGGACACUGCAGGUCUCCAUGGGAGGCACUGGCCCCAAAGGUGAAAAGGGGGAGAAGGGUGAGCCUGGCCUGAAAGGGGACUCAGGGACAGGCAGCAUCACAGGGACAGGCAGUGUCAAGGGUGAAAAGGGGGAGAAAGGAGAACUGGGUGUUAAGGGCAGUGCUGGCUUUGGCUACCCUGGCUCCAAAGGCCAGAAAGGGGAGCCAGGUGACCCUGGCCUCCCAGGGACCCUCUUGCGGCAUGCUGAUGGCUCGGUGGUGGAGCAGGUCACUGGGCCCCCGGGGCCACCAGGGAAAGAUGGAGACCCCGGCAGGGAUGGAGAGCCUGGUGAUCCCGGCGAGGAUGGCAAACCUGGUGAUAUGGGGCCCCAGGGAUUCCCUGGGACACCAGGAGAGCCUGGGCAGAAGGGGGAGAAGGGUGAGCCAGGUGUGGGGCCAAGGGGACCCCCUGGACCACCUGGUCCCCCUGGACCACCAGGACCCUCAUCCAAGCAUGACAAGUUGACCUUCAUUGACAUGGAGGGCUCUGGCUUUGGUGGAGACUCUGAGAGCCUGCGGGGUCCACGGGGGCCACCUGGUCCUCCAGGGCCACCUGGCGUUCCUGGUUUGCCAGGGGAACCGGGACGAUUUGGGAUGAACCACACAGACCUUCUGGGACCACCAGGGCCGCCAGGCAAGGACGGGCCCAAUGGGCCCCCGGGGCCAGUGGGUCCUCCUGGAAGAGAUGGGACAGUGGGGCAGCCAGGACCCAAAGGAGAGCGGGGUGAUGUGGGAGACCUUGGCCUCCCUGGUGCACCAGGACCCAAGGGCAGCAAAGGAGAAAUGGGACCAACAGGACCCCCAGGAGAAACAGGGUUAGCUGGCCUUCCAGGACCCAUGGGACCCCGAGGGCCACCAGGCCCUCCCGGCCCCCCAGGACCACCAGGGCCAGGCUAUGAGGCUGGAUUUGGUGACAUGGAGGGCUCGGGGCUGCCCUUCUCUGCCAGCUCCCCUGGACCACGUGGACCUGAAGGACCACAGGGGGUGCCAGGACUGCCGGGAAUGAAGGGGGAGGUUGGCAUCCCCGGGCAACCUGGCAUGCUAGGACCAAAGGGGGAUGCUGGUGUUCCUGGUGUGGAUGGCCGCCCUGGCCUGGAGGGCUUCCCUGGACCACAGGGACCCAAAGGUGACAGAGGCAGCCCUGGUGAGAAGGGUGAGCGAGGUCAAGAUGGAGUGGGGCUGCCAGGCCCCCCUGGUCCACCUGGUCCCCCUGGGCAGGUCAUUGCUGUCUCCAGUGAAGAUAAGUCUUUGGUGGCUUUGCCCGGUCCAGAGGGCAGACCAGGUCACGCUGGCUUCCCGGGCCCAGUGGGACCAAAAGGAGACCGGGGAUCAUCAGGUCCCCAGGGGGCCCCAGGGUUGAAGGGGGAGAAGGGGGAGCCUGGUGUCAUUAUCAGCCCCGAUGGGACUGUGGUCACUGCGAUGGUGAAAGGAGAAAAGGGGGAGCCAGGGCUGCGGGGACCAACGGGACCCUCGGGUCCCCAAGGACGAGCAGGGAUGAAGGGAGAGAUCGGCUUUCCGGGCAGACCCGGACGUCCAGGCAUGAAUGGACUGAAGGGUGAGAAGGGUGACCCUGCAGAUGUCAGCAGCCUGCUGGCCUUGCGGGGUCCCCCGGGACCCCCAGGUCCCCCAGGCCCCCCCGGACCACCUGGCGGCAUAGUCUACGACAACAGCAAUGCCUUCAGUGACUCCAGCCAUCCUGCACUGUCAGCUUUUCCUGGUUUUCCCCAGUUUCCAGGACAAAAGGGAGAGAAAGGUGAUGUUGGACCACCAGGACCCCCAGGCCACUUCUCCUAUGACCCGAGUCACUUCGGUGCCAACCUGCGGGGUGGCAAGGGGGACCCAGGUCCCAAGGGUGAGAAGGGUGAGCCGGGCAGCACACCGCUCUACGGUCCCAGUGUCACCGGGAUGCCGGGGCCUCCGGGGCCCCAGGGCUACCCUGGGCUGCCGGGUCCCAAGGGGGACAGUAUCGUUGGGCCACCUGGGCCUCCCGGACCUCAGGGGCCGCCUGGUAUCGGAUAUGAGGGGCGACAGGGACCCCCCGGGCCUCCUGGGCCCCCCGGUCCACCCUCCUUCCCAGGUCCUCACAGACCAGCUAUCAGCAUCCCUGGCCCUCCCGGGCCACCAGGACCCCCCGGACCACCAGGCACAAGUGGGACAUCCUUAGGGCUUCGUGCCCUGCCCACCUACCAGGCCAUGCUGAGCGCCGCGCACGACCUACCCGAGGGUGCCCUCAUCUUCCUCACCGACCGGCAAGAGCUCUACAUCCGCCUGCGGGGGGGCUUCCGAAGGGUUCUGCUGGAGGAGCAUAACCUGAUCCCCAGCUCAGCUCUGGACAAUGAGGUGUACGAUAAGCCCCCCAGUGUGCACUAUGCUGGGCCUCAACCUCAUGGACCCCUGCACCCCCUCCGCAACCACGGUCCCCCACCCACUGCCCGACCCUGGCGUGGGGACGAGGUGGUGGCUAACCAGCAACGCCUGCCUGAGCAACCCCUGCUCCACCACCAGCACGAGCUUCUCAACAGCUACUACAUCCACCGCCGGCCAGACCCAGCCCCUGUGGCUGCCCACGUGCACCAGGACUUCCAGCCUGCCCUUCACCUGGUGGCCCUGAAUGCCCCACUGAGUGGUGGGAUGCGUGGCAUCCGGGGCGCCGAUUUCCAGUGCUUCCAGCAAGCCCGGCAGGUGGGGCUGGCCGGCACCUUCCGUGCUUUCCUCUCCUCCCGCCUGCAGGACCUCUACAGCAUUGUCCGCAGGGCCGACCGUGCCACCGUGCCCAUCGUCAACCUCCGGGAUGAAGUGCUCUUCAGUAACUGGGAAGCCCUUUUCACGGGCAGUGGGGCCCCGCUGCGAGCUGGCGCCCGCCUCCUCUCCUUCGACGGCCGGGAUGUCCUGCGGGAUGCGAACUGGCCACAGAAGAGCAUCUGGCACGGCUCAGAUGCCAAGGGCCGGCGCUUGCCUGAGAGCUACUGCGAGACAUGGAGGACAGAGGAGCGGGCUGCCAUGGGCCAGUCUUCCUCGCUGGGCACUGGCAAGCUGCUGGAGCAGGUGGCCAGCAGCUGCCAGCAUGCCUUCAUUGUCCUCUGCAUCGAGAACAGCUUCAUGACUGCCGCCAAAAAGUGACACCCCACACCACUCCCCUCCUCAUCCCCAUCUCCUGGGUGUAGCCCCCCAUGCCUCCCCAGGGAGGGUCAGGCCAGCCUGCACCCUGGUACCUCCGUGGUCCUCAGCAUCUCCAUCACCUGCCCUCUCCCUGCAGGGUCGUUUCUCUGCCCGAAGACCUGAAGCCAAAGAGUGUAUGAAUUGCCCUGGUGGUCCCUGCCCUGGGGUGUCAGGGGCUGGCAUCCCACCUGGGGCAGGGCAGUCGGGGAGGGGGGGCUGGCUGCCUUCCUCUUUCCUCCUCCUCCUCCACUCCUCUUCUAACCCCUAAUAUUUAAUCACUUGACUGCUCGGAUGCUGUUUUCUGGGUUGGGUGGGCAGGAGGAUGCUCAGCAGGGUGAUUUCAGCACUGGUGUGCCCUCUCCCAGAAAGCUUCUGGAGGGUGGGGCAUGCUCUGCCUUCCUCCAGCCCUGCACUGUCCUCAUCGGGAGGUCAGGGACUGGACCUAAAUCCCUGUUGCUGGGGCCACAGGGGCUUCUCCAGCUGAAACCCCAGCAUCCCACCCGAGCAAGAGACCGUCCCAUGGCAGUGCUGGGGAUGGCACCUCCGUCCUCCCCAGGUAAGGUCUAUCCCAACCAGUCAUUCAUCAUAAUCACCGCCUCCAAAUCCUCCCCCAGGCAGCAGCUCAAAAGCCUCGGAGGAGGGGGAGGUCUGGUGUUCCCCCCCCAUCCCUUCUGCACACCUUUGUGCCACUCUUCUAUGCCUACCACCCUGGUCAGCGUGGGGACCAGGGCAAUGGGGUGCCCUUGGCAUAUGUUUACAAGCGUGUGCAUGUUGAGCAUGCGUGGUACCAAGGGCAGGCACCACCAUCGUGUGUCCCCUCCCUGUGCCACCUUUGCUGUGCCCUAAGGGCCGAGGCACAGCAAAGCUGGUUGGAAUUGGUGUGGGCAAAUCCAAGGUGCUAAAAAAAAAUAAAUAACAAAACAACCCAACAAAACAGAAAAAAAGAAAAAUUUGUUACGAGCUUUUUAUUAUUGUAUGGAAAUUAUUACCAUAAAAGCUGUGCGAGUCACACGGUCUCUUAUUUCUUACAGUCUACUGUAUUUUGUGUAAUUAAUGCAAUUUAAAGCCUGUGGAUCUUUAUUUUUUUUUUGUUGAUUGUGUCCUAUAAACCAUUUUUUUCUAAAGGCACUGAAUAAAGAAACGUUAUCCUCUUGUAGCCUGGUUUCAUGCAG